AUGGACUGCAAUGCAUCUCAGGACAUGACUGAGUUUUCUGGUCUCUGCUCUCUGCAACACACAAGCGUUGGACCUCCACCACAGUCAACAACAGGGUUCACCAUGGGAUCAUCGAUGCAACCUAACAUGUUGGACCGCCGAUGGAUGGCUGUGUCUGCGCCCUUUCAACAGGGUCGCAAACAUGAUCCUAAUAAUGAGCUUUUCUCGAUGGUGUUAGAAGACAAGCGGAAUGCAAUUGCAAGACCCAACAAUCCAAAAAAUUCUCAUAGAUCCUGUAUUGAGAAGAACCAUAAGCCAGAUACGUUGAAGAGGCUGAAUAUGGCUGUGAGAUUUAAGAAUGAGUUAGAGCAGAAAGAGUAUUCUGAUCUCCGUAUUGGGCUCUUCAAGGAGAAGAAGUAUCAUGAUGUUGGGAGACAUUACCCUGAAGCGAUCAAAAGGAACCCAGAAGACUUGAGAGCAAAGUCAUUUCUAAUCAUCUUAUGUGCUUCAGUAUUGUGA